GUGUGUUGUUAAUUUAUUCAUUAGUGAUGUUUUCUUUGAAGAGUGCACAGGUUUACAAGAUUAGCCAAAUGCUUUCCCCACUCACCACAAGAUGAGUGACUCCAGUGAUGAGAGCGUCCUUGACGGGGACGACUAUUACUCUCACCUGAACAUUCCAAGAGACGCAAGUGCGGAAUCCAUAACCAAUGCAUACCACCGGCUCAGUAAACUCUACCACCCCGACAAGCACCGGCAUCCUGAGCGCAAGAAGGAAGCUGAGCUUCUGUUUGGCAAGAUCAAGAAGGCUUAUGAAGGCCAGCUCUCCUCCCUGAACGGGCGCGGCACCGGCAGCAUGAACACGUCCCUGCGCUACCUCGCCUCCGACAGGAGUUGGGUUGAAGUUGAAGUUGGCGUUGGCUCAGGCUGCUCUCUUGCCUUCAAACUCUUCCGUAGACUUUCUGAUAGAAUUUACUGCAACGCUGCACUACAGGGCAACUUUACGGCCAACGGCAUCAGGCUGGGCUCUGUCUUCACACUGGCCAGUCAGCUGGACAAGUCGACAACAGGCUACCUCACCUGGAAGCUGGGCCUGAACUCAUUCGGAGGCAUGGUGGAGUACAGCGCAGAGAAGCGCGUCACGCAGCACACCUUCCUCUCCUCCACCGUCUGCAUAGGCGGGCCCCUGGGCGUCCAUCUCAAGCUUAGAUGCCGGCGUGCCACACAGACGUACACAAGCAACAUUAUCCUGUGUGAUGACGUGUUGUUGGCGCCCAUCGUGUACGGGACAGCGCUGCCCGUCAUCUCGUGGCUGGCGCUGGACUGGCUCGUCCUGCAGCCCUACCAAGCCCACCAGAAGAAGCUGCAGCAAGCCAGGAGGCGCCAGCUCAACAGAGAAAGGAUGAGCAAGCUGCGGCGGGAGGGGGCGGCGGCGGUGCAGCUCAUGAGGGAGACCGUCAAGAGGAUCAGGGAGACCGAGGAGAACAAGAAGGGUCUUGUUAUCACCAGGUCUGUUAUCCUGCACCAGGUCUGUUAUCCUGCACCAGGUCUGUUAUCCUGCACCAGGUCUGUUAUCCUGCACCAGGUCUGUUAUCCUGCACCAGGUCUGUUAUCCUGCACCAGGUCUGUUAUCCUGCACCAGGUCUGUUAUCCUGCACCAGGUCUGUUAUCCUGCACCAGGUCUGUUAUCCUGCACCAGGUCUGUUAUCCUGCACCAGGUCUGUUAUCCUGCACCAGGUCUGUUAUCCUGCACCAGGUCUGUUAUCCUGCACCAGGUCUGUUAUCCUGCACCAGGUCUGUUAUCCUGCACCAGGUCUGUUAUCCUGCACCAGGUCUGUUAUCCUGCACCAGGUCUGUUAUCCUGCACCAGGUCUGUUAUCCUGCACCAGGUCUGUUAUCCUGCACCAGGUCUGUUAUCCUGCACCAGGUCUGUUAUCCUGCACCAGGUCUGUUAUCCUGCACCAGGUCUGUUAUCCUGCACCAGGUCUGUUAUCCUGCACCAGGUCUGUUAUCCUGCACCAGGUCUGUUAUCCUGCACCAGGUCUGUUAUCCUGCACCAGGUCUGUUAUCCUGCACCAGGUCUGUUAUCCUGCACCAGGUCUGUUAUCCUGCACCAGGUCUGUUAUCCUGCACCAGGUCUGUUAUCCUGCACCAGGUCUGUUAUCCUGCACCAGGUCUGUUAUCCUGCACCAGGUCUGUUAUCCUGCACCAGGUCUGUUAUCCUGCACCAGGUCUGUUAUCCUGCACCAGGUCUGUUAUCCUGCACCAGGUCUGUUAUCCUGCACCAGGUCUGUUAUCCUGCACCUUAUCUUCUUGUUUAUCAUCUCUCCUGUAUUUAUUCUACCCUCUACUUCUCGUCUACGCAACUUCUACUCACUGUCAGCUCCCCGGUUUCUUCGACCCGUGCCCCGGGGAGAACAAGAGCCUCUACGUCGAGUAUUUGUUCCACGCCGUGCAGCACAAAGUCAUUAUCAGGGAUACGGAGCCUCUCAAGAUACCUAAACAAUCCCAUCGGGUGCAGAGCUAGUGCAGCGCUCGGUCUCCAGAGCUAUUUCAGACCUCGGUUCCCAGAGCUAGUCCGGCGCUCGGUGUGUAGAGAAAGUGCUGAGUUUGCAGUGGAGAGGUUGUCCAGCGCUCGGUGUGCAGAGCUAGUGCAGAGUGUUGUGUACAGAGGUGUAUGUGGUGAGCAAUGCACCGAGCGCAUCCAAGAAAUUGCAGAGUAAAGAAGCAAGAGGAAGCCCUGCUUAAAUUUUCGAUAUUACGAGCGCUGAAUUAUGCUCAUUUUGUAUGCCAUUCAACAUAUUGUUUGAAGACUCAGGUGUGCAGGAAUAUUGUGUUUACGACAGCGCGAUGACUUGUUAAGUGAUACUCUGCAAACGCUCGGUGUGUUUUAUGAUAUAGCAGAAAGCAAUCGAUGAUGGCAAUUUUUAUUUCAUGGUUGCAAUUUGCAGAAUGGCUUUCAUCGAUCUACGCAUGGCUGCUGGUACACUUGUACUAAUGACCUGUAAAGUGUUGCUGUAGGCCCAGUUAGAUUUAAAAAAGGACAUUGCUGAUCGAUUUACAAAACCGACAGUCAAGUUUAUUUUCGGCGUCGUUCGGAAGAUUAUGCUAGGACGGUGGAUGUUGCUAGGAUCUCGCAGUACUAGGACGGCGGAUCUUGCUAGGAUCUCGCAGUGCUAGGACGGCAGAUCUUGCUAGGAUCUCGCAGUGCUAGGACGACAGAUCUUGCUAGGAUCUCUCAGUGCUAGGACGGCAGAUCUUGCUAGGAUCACGCAGUGCUAGGACGGCAGAUCUUGCUAGGAUCUCGCGUUGCUAGGACGGCGGAUCUUGCUAGGAUCUCGCCUUGCUAGGACGGUGCCAAUGUUCAGUGUACAGAAGGCGCGUCAGCCGCCCACUACGAAGCUGUCAUAGUGAUUCCAGAUAUACUGGUUAGAUUGCUUAUUUUGCGUCUUUCUAUUGUACAGACAUGUCUUAAAUCCUUCAAUAAAGCGAUUUUUUGUU